AUGCCCGACAGGUUUGUGCAGCCGGGGGCCCCAGUCGUGGAGGAGGACCCGCCAGUGAGGCCCGACAAGCUUGUGAAGCCAGAGGAUACCGGAGAGGACGCCAUGGGACGGCCUCUCCCCGUCGAGUUCCCCGACGACUCGAGCGGGAAGCCGGAUUUGGACGAAGAUGCGACGCCUGAGAAGCUUCAGGUGCCCGCUGGCGAGAGGCCGGCACAGGGGGGCGUGCCCUGCGAGGACGCGCCCGGAUUCCUGGAUGAGAGGCACGAGCCGUGCGGUGCGUGGGCCUCGUACCAGAUCGGGUGCCACAGGGCCACGGAGGAUAUCGGCUUCUCCCAGGACGGCGAGAAUGCCCUGGUCCGCAACUGCCGCAAGUCGUGCGGCCUGUGCGGCAGUGAGCCAGAGGACGCCCUCGCCUCCGAGGCGGACAACACGACGCCGCAGCUCACCACGCCAGAGACGGCUGCGCCCGAGACGAUUUCGCCGCAGGCUACGACGCCAGAAACGACGACGCCGUGCGACUGCGACAACGUGGAGACCGAGACCGUCCACGUGAAGAUCACCGCGGUGCUGACCCCGACGGCCCCGGCGCGCGGCGGCUCGCUGGCCCAGCGGGAGGCGCGCGGCGGAGGCCGGCGCGACGGCUCGGGCUGCGACUGCGCGGGCGGGCGCAGCGGAAGCGCGCCGCCGGCGCACGUGGAGCUCGCGGGCCCGGAGAACUUGCCGGCGUCAGCGGUCGCUGGUGCACUCGCCGCCGCCGUGGCGGCUCCAGAUGCCGAGUCCACGACGGACGUUUAG